GCGGUGAUUGUAAAUAGUCCGUCUUUAGACUUGUUCCGUGCAGGUACGAUUGCGAUUUGAGAACAGCGAGCGCAGCGAUUGGUCAGUCACAGUGCAGUGUAUUCGAAGAAUGGCCAUCUAUUCUUUUAACGUAGAACUACCUUGGCGAGAAUAUUGCAUAAUCGAUAUUAGAAGGGAGCCAUUGCGAAGAAAGUUCAUAUCAAAGCAAAAUGCGUGGUCUAUCGAGCAGCUCGGCGCUGGGCUGAAGUCUGUUUCACGAACUUUCGCUUGGAUUUGCUGGAUUACAUUUGUCUUAGCCUCAUCUAUGUAGUACGUAUACUUUUGUUAUCGAACAAAAUAAAAUAGAAUAAGUUAUUCAGAUUCAAUUAUUCUGUACGUCAUGUCUGAAAUUGAAUGAAAUCAAAGAAGUACAAAGUUACAUGAGAAAC